AUGCUCUCUCACGCGCUCUCUCACGCGCUCUCUCACGCGCUCUCUCACGCGCCCUCUCAUGCGCCCCCUCACGCACUCUCUCACCCGCUCUCUCAAGGCGCACUCUCAGGCGCACUCUCACGCACUCUCUCGCGCGCUCCCUCUCCAGCAUCUCACACGCAUUCUCUCUCUCACGUGCUUUCUCUCGCGCACUCUCACGCACUUUCUCUCUCACACGCUCUCACGCACACCCUCACAAGCUCCCUCAUACGCUCUCUCACGCGCUCUCACAUGCGCUCUCUCACGCGCUCUCACACGCGCUCUCUCACGCGCUCACACGCGCUCUCUCACACGCUCUCUCAUGCGCUGUCUCACGCGCUCUAUCAAGGCGCACUCUCAGGCGCACUCUCAGGCGCACUCUCACGCGCUCUCUCCCGCACUCUCACGCGCUCUCUCCCGCACUCUCACGCGCAUUCUCCCUCUCACAUGCUUUCUCUCGCGCACUCUCACGUACAUUCUCUCUCUCACACGCUCUCUCACGUGCACCCUCACACGCGCUCUCUCACGCACUCUCACACGCAUUCUCACGCACUCUCACACGCGCUCUCUCCCGCGCUCUCACACGCGCUCUCUCACGCGCUCACACGCGCUCUCUCACACGCUCUCUCAUGCGCUGCGCACUCUCAGGCACCCUCUCACGCACUGUCACUUGCGCUCUCUCUCGCGCACUCUCACCACAUUCUCUCUCUCACGCGCUCCCUCACGUGCUCACAUGCAUUCCCUCCCUCACGCUCUCACGCGCACUCACACGCGCUCUCUCACGCACUCUCUCAUGCGCUCUCACACGCGCUGUCUCAUGUGCUCUCUCACGCGCUCUCUCACGCGCUCUCUCACGCGCUCUCUCACGCGCUCUCUCACGCGCUCCUUCACGCGCUCUCUCAAACGCUCUCUCAUGCGCAUACGCUCUCCCUCGCGCUACAUCUCUUUUGA